GUCAUGUGAUACAGUAUGUCAUGUGAUUACCAAUGUUAUUGUGAAAAAGAAAGUACAAAAUGAUAAGAUUUAUGUUUAUGUGUAUUUUUCUUCGAGAGGUCAGCUGCAUGGACAGCCUACGGUUCCUGGCGGUUGGGGACUGGGGCGGGAUCCCUUUCUGGCCCUACGACACCCCUAUAGAGACUAAAGUAGCUAAACAGAUGGCCAAAGUCUCCGAGAUGUACCAAUCCAGUUUCAACCUCGCCCUAGGGGACAACUUCUACUCCAACGGGGUCACUGAUGUAGAUGACAAGAGGUUUAAGGAAACUUUUGAGGACGUAUAUCACUAUGAUUCCCUGAUGAAUCCCUGGUACAUCGUGGCCGGAAAUCAUGAUCAUUAUGGUAACGCUUCUGCCCAGAUAGCUUAUACCAAAAGGUCAGAGCGUUGGAACUUCCCAGACUACUACUACUCCCUAAAUUUCAAGAUCCCUGGAGGGGACGGGGUCGACAUUAUCAUGAUUGAUACAGUGCUACUGUGUGGUAACACCGACCAUGACAUUGUCGGAGAUCAACCACAUGGCCCCGAGAAUGUCAAGGUCGCCGAGGAUCAUUGGGCGUGGUUGGAUACACAGCUGAAGUCGUCUAAAGCCGAAUACCUGUUAGUUGCUGGUCAUUUUCCGGUCUACUCUAUAGCGGAACACGGACCUACAAAGUGUCUUACAAAUAGGCUUAAACCCAUGUUGUACAAAUAUAACGUGACUGCCUACUUCUGUGGACACGACCAUAACCUCCAGCAUAUAAGUAGCUCGGAGAGCGGGUGGACGGUCGACUACUUUGUUAGUGGGGCCGGAAAUAUCGUGGAAGACAACAAAAGUCACGAACGGGAUAUUCCCGCCGGAAGUCUCAAGUUUUUCUGGGCGAAGCUUAUUGAUCUCGGAGGCUUUGCCGUCGUGGAGGCUACGUCUAAGAAUAUGACAAUGAGCUUUGUAGAUGGCUUUGGCAGCACACUGUACUCUUACACGAUGUAUUCUAGAAAGAGUUGAAAGAGUAUUCUGAAUACCAGAGUACCUGUUGCUUCGAAUAUGAACUAUUUUCAGAAGUGUUCUUGUUUUCAGGUAACAUUCAAUACUAAUUAUUAUAAACACGUUAGAAUUGUGCCCCACUGGAACCUUUUUAUUGAUCAAUGACAGAUCUUCAUUGUCUGACCAUAAAUCAUUAUCCCACAAAACGGUGGGUAGACCUUUAUAAACUCAACAACAACAACAACAACAAGGGUUAGUGUAAGCCUUCAGAGCACAGUGGAUACAACACUGAACUGCAAUUUUAGCGACACCGGUUCGAACCCGGUCUCCGACUCGAUUUUUUUUUUACAUUUUUGGAUUUGUUUUUACAAUUAUAAUAUCAAAGCGUAAAACAUUUUAUCAACAAUGAUAAUUGUCCUGAAAUUCGUUACAGAAAAACACUUUUUUGGCGCCAAUCUGGUACGUGUAUGUAUUUGCUGUUAUAUGUUAUGUAGUUAUCGUAUUCCAUAAAAUAAUCAAAGUGCUGAAAGCACUGAUGGA